GGGGGCCAUAAAACCUCGAGAGGCGAGGGCGGGGAGGAGGAGGACCAGACGUCUGGAUCCCUGGGCCGCUGGCGAGCUGGGUCUGCAGCUGCAGGUCCCCCAGAGCGCCGUCUACACUGAGGAGGGGACCCCAGCAUGAGGAGGCUUCUCCUGAUCACCAGCCUGGGGGCUGCGUUUCUGCUGGAGGCGGGCUCAGCAUGGACCCCCCAGGUCCUCGUCCAGACCAAAGGCAAAGUCGGGGCUGAGCAGAGCACAGAGGAGGCCUGGGGCACCCGAGCGGUGGAGCCUCUGGAGAAGGACAGCCAGCUCAUGGGGCUGUUCAUGGCACCAAAGCUCUUGGCCACCACCGGGGAGAAGCGGCCAGGUGCCGAGGCCCUGGCAGAGACCAAGGACACCCUGGGCCGUGUCCCAAGCCCCAGGUGGGGCCCUGAGCCUGACCAUGACAGCCUGUACCACAACUGGCCCGAGGAGGCCCAGGGGGAGGCAAGGCCCUGGGCUCAGGUGCUGCCACCUCAGCAAGUGCUUCAAGGGCCAGAGGAGGACCGAGACCACAUCUACCACCCCAAGGAAGACUCCUGGGAGCCUUGACCCCCCCAGCUGGAAAAAAUAAACCCUGCAAAGAGGCGGAGGCCA